AUGAAUCAGAUCAAAGGCCUUUCCGACAAGGAAAUCACCGAGAGGUUUAAGAAAUGGCUAUCGGCAUCUCCAUUCAAGAUCUGGUUCUCGAAACAUAAUGGAAGCGAACCUUUUGCGCAGUACAAAUAUGAUCAGUGCCGUAAAGUGUUUCGCUUCACCAAAAACUUCAUUACUUCUAAUUUGUUGAAGCACCUCAGAACAAAUCACAGAUCGGACUAUGACAAGUUGUACUCAAAAGUACAUCCCAAGCAGAACGAACUUACAGGCAUGAAGAACGUUGUUUCUGAAGCUCGAAAAUCUUAUCAAUUAUGCGCAAGCCUUAUUGAAUUUUGCAAAAGAAAUCUAACAAUGAUCAAGGAACUGAAUUUAUUUGUCGAGAAUUUGCUACCCUUCAGUUUAGUAGAAAGUCAGUCCUUUCGCGACGUAAUUGGUGUUGCCGCUGGAAGAAACAAGGACCAGUUCGUUUUUUCUCGCAAGGCACUGGUUAAAGAAAUCAAGAAUUAUCACAACAGAUUCGAAAAACAGUUAAGGUUCACGUUUAAGAAGACUUAGAAAACAAAUAUCCUGUUGGAUAUUUGGACUUCUGCUGCUAGCAAGAGCUAUCUCGCUAUUUCGGUUUCAUUUUGUCCGAACUGGGACCGUCUUGAUGAAAACUCUCAAAGAGAGGACGUCGUAUGCGGAGGUUUUCCUAAUACCCACAUCAUCGGUUUUCAUGACGUUAACGCCUUCCGUCACACUGGAGACUAUUUGAGUCAGGUUCUAGGUAAUACCUUGGACCAAUACUCGCUUAAACAUAAAGUCGCGAGUGUUACGAUAGACAACGCUACAAACAACUUGGCAAUGCUUGACAAAAUUGAGCCCGAGCUAGUUGGGGUUGGGGCAAAUGAGGAAUGAGGAGUCAUUAGAAUUCGUUGCUUGAACCAUGUGCUCAACAUAAUAUUCAAGCAUAUCGUUGAGAAGUUCGAGAAGCACAAUGCUGAGCUCCUCCAAAGGAUUGAUGAACUUACUUCGAAGAUCAAGUACAGCGUUUUUCUUGGUGAUUAGUUCAAACUUUACGUUGGAAAAGCAAUUCCAAAACAUAAUGAAACGCGGUUUGUAUCCCGCCAUAAGCAGUUAUUUCCCUGUUUGAAUCUCACAAACACUUUAAGGGAAUUCUACUUUAAGAAUUGCACGUAUAAAAAGUUCCAGCUCAAGAGAGAUCAUAGCGGACUUUUCUUUCAAGAACCAGCAGAGAUAUAUCCCUUGAAAUUGUUUCUCAAGCUUACUCGUGUAUUUUCAGAUUAACAAUGGAUAUGCAAGAUGACGCGCUGAACAAUCUCCCCAAUGGCAUACAGUUUUACACUUUGCUUCACAAGUAUUUUGAAGCAUGCUCACUAAUUUCAAGUGGUGAUGUUUCCCACGAGAGUUUAAAAACUGCAGGUAUUCAGCUCAAGCACCUCGAGGCAGUGGAGGAAGCUCAAAGGUCAAUUAUUUUGUCAAGUAUCGUUGAGAAAAGAUACCUUUUUGAAAAGUACUAUAAUUUCGCCCAUGAACAGAUAGGAUACUGGGUUGCUCACAUAUUGAGACCAGACAUGAAAGUUUAAUCAUUAUCAAAGAUUCUUGAUACGGAAGCAAAAGAGCUCAUAGUCAGCAAAGCAUCGAACUAUGUCAAUCACUAUUUCAACAACAUAAGUUGAAAUUAC